UUCGCUGCGAAUGGUUAAUCGAGUAUUGAGAAAAAAGAUACGGUGGUCCUCCAUAAGGAACCGGGAUAAAAAUAUUAAAGCUAGGUAGCCAAACAGAUCUUGAGGGAUUCCGCAUCGGGGCUCUAUUGCCACUGGUGCCUGUCCAGCGUCUAAGCCAUAGCAAGUCGGCAAUGGACUCCAGUAGUCGGCGCAGUUUCUCUGGAGGAAGUGGAAACGAGGGGGGACGCGGCAGCGACUACUAUAGAUCCAGGCCGGGGUCUCGAUACAGUCGAUCCAGGUCGCGUUCCCGUGAGCGCAACCGCGGCCAUGGAGGAUUCAGGCACCGGAACUCUCGCUCUCGAAGUCGGGAUCGGUCGCCCGGUUUCAGGAACGACCAGCAUCGCGGUGGUCGAGGAGGAGCUGGUAACGGGGACCCCGACCUGUACCACAGCCUGAUCAACGACGACUACAGGGAUCAGGAUGAGCGCAACUACAACUCCAGGAGUAAUUUUGACAAUCGUCAGUUGCGGAGACAUGAUAGCUUCGACCGCCGGCAUCGGGACAGAGAUGGCGAAAGCGAUCGGGAGCAAAACGACUACGAGUACGAACAGCGCUCCCGCGACUUGGACUCACGCGAUCGUAGCUCCACGGACAGGGACUGGUAUCACAACAAAAGCCGCAGCAGGGAACGAAGCAGACCCUGGAACAGAAACAACAAUCACGACGACAGAAGCAGAAGCAACGAGCGGAACACGCGCCACCGAGAUCAUCGCAUGUACAACGGAGGUGGUAGCAACCAUAAUCGCGAUCGAGAUCGAGAUCGGGAUAGGGAGCAAGACCGGGAACGGGAUCGAGAUCGCGAUCGGGAUCGGGAUCGUGAGAGGAGGGGCUCCUCAGAUUACGACAGCGAUGAAGGCCACAUGCGCAGGAACAAAUACCGAUCCACCACUGAAGCCCUCAAUAUUAUUAUAAUCUUCGGUCUAACCAAGGAAAUGACCAGAGCAGAUAUUAUGAGCGAGCUGAUAAAGGUGAACAUGGAGCCAGCUUGCAUUCGCAUUAUCCGGAAGCAGGGAACAGAUUCAUCACGCGGUAUAGCGUUUGUCGAGUUUAACACCGUUGAGGAGGCAAAGCAAUGGAUGGAUAUUACACAGGGCGUUCUGAAGUUAAAUGACGAGCGGGUGAGCAUGCGGUACAGCCACAAGCGGAUUCAGGACUGGAACUGCAACAAGUGCGGCGUCUGUAACUUCAAGUUUAGAUUCUAUUGCUUUGUGUGCAAAACAUCCCGGGAAGACAGCGAAACCACCUUCUCCUCCGGCAGCGAGGGCGUGGACGAAGUCAGCAGCAUCCUCACCAAAAAGAUCAUGCUACGCAACCUGGACGCCCUGACCAACGAAGAGGCUGUGCUGACUGCCCUCCAACUUCACCUAAAAGAUCUGAGCAAGACUGUGAGCAAGGUGCUUAUCAGUCGGGAUUCCUUGACGCAGGCAUCGCGUGGAAUUUGCUACCUUCACUUCGACACUCUAGUCGACUCGAUGAAUGUGCACAAUGCAUUGACGGCGCUGGAUCCUCCACUUACCCUGGACGACAGAGUUGUGGCAAUUACCUAUUGCACCGACCUGGAGGAGCGCCAAGCAUUGCCCAAGAACCCUAAAGAAUUGGCAGUUAAAGAUCCAAAUGUCAAGAGCGAGAACAUUUCAGCAGUUUCGCCCUCAGGAGUGGGUGGAAACUAUACUCUGGCCGAUGUGCCACGACUCGCUGAAUAUAGUGCCUCCCUGUACGCUUCGAAUCCCGCAGAGCACGCUUAUUAUGUCCAGUACUAUACGGAAUAUUACACGACAGACAUAAACAAAAAGAACAGGGAUUCCCAUUUGACGGAAGCCAAUUCCGGAGCAGCGGUUGCCCUCUCGGCCAUCCAGCGCAAGCAGAAGAAGAUGAACAGUAUCGAGACCACGAUCACAGCGGCGGCCACAGCGGCCGCACAGGCAGCGGCGCAAGUGAAGGCCACAUUGGCUGCUCAGGUGGCCAGUGCGCCCAAGGGCAACGAUGGAAAGAUCUACCCCACUCCCGAUGUCACGCAUUACCAGUAUGAUGAGACAUCCGGCUACUAUUACGACAGUACCACGGGUCUCUACUACGAUGCGCACACGCAGUACUACUACAACAACGAGACGGGCGCGUAUCUUUACUGGGAUCAGCGCAGGAGCACCUACGUGCUGGCCACGCCCGCCUCCACUCAGGCAGCUCUACAGGAAGUCCUGGCCGACGCCGAGCAGAAGGGGGAGGAGGAGGCCAAAAAGACGAAGGAGAAGGAGGGCGGAAACAAGCACGACAAGGUCAAGGUGGCCAAGAAGAUCGUCAAGGACAUGGAGAAGUGGGCCAAGCAGCUAAACCAGAAAAAGGACUACACAGCAGUGGCCACGCCACAACCAAUAUUGGCGAACGAGGUACCGACCACUUCGCGUGGCAAUCAAGGGGGAUAUGCUGAUGUGGGAUUCUCCAUCCUCGAGAAGAAGGAGCGGGGCAAGUUGAACGACUAUGCGACAAACCCGACUGUGGGUCCAAUGAACAAGCUUGUCAAUGCCUAUGGCGGUACCUCGGACUCUGAAGAGGACAGUGCUCCGAGUUCGCAAAACACACAGAGUUCAGCUGUUGUAAGCGGCGGCGGAGGCGCUGAAGAAUCCGAUUACGUGGACUUCCAGAAGCUGACGUGCCUGCUCUGCAAACGUGCUUUCCAAUCGUUGGAAAUCCUCCAGAAGCACUUGAAGAUGUCCACUCUGCACAAGGAGAACCUGGCCAAGCUCAAUCAAAACACUAGCAGUAGCAUCGAAGAGGCACUAGCCUAUCGUGAUCGUGCCAAGGAGCGCAGGCUGAAGUACGGCGAGAGCGAUCCUCCUCCACCAAAUAGGAGCAGGGAGCGAUUCGAGCAGGAGAUCAAGACACUGCAGUCGCGGCAAAAGCAGUCUACUAGCGCUACUCCAGCCAUGCCCAUCAGUUCGAGCAACGUGGGCAGUCGACUGCUGCAGAAGAUGGGUUGGUCGGAGGGCCAGGGACUGGGCAGGAAGAAUCAGGGACGCACACAAAUCAUAGAGGCGGACGGACGCUCCAACCACGUGGGUUUGGGCAACAAAUCGGGACAGAUGAUACCGGGAAACGACUACAAAUCCUACAUAAAGAAGAUGAUGAAGCAGCGCUACGAGAAUGCUUGAGAAAUUGAUUUUUAGCCGUUUCACAUGUUUUAUUUCAACUAAAAUAGCCGUUUUAUUCAUCUUUUCAACCGAAGUAGAAAUUAUUUCCAUAUUAUAUAUGAAGCUUCUUGAGCAUUGUUUUCCUAA